AUGGGGCCUGCAGAGGUCUCCGCCGAUGGAGGAGACGGAGCAGCCGUCCAGACGGAGGAGGACGCGUUCCUCGGGUUCGUGGAUUAUGCAAUGUCGGAGCUCUCGCCGGAGGAGGAGGAACGGGGUUCAACCCGCGACUCUGGCAGUGGAGGGGAUGGGGGAGGAGGCGGAGAUGAAAGGCGUGGUCCUGCGUGGAGCUGGGUGGUCUCUCGCAUACUUAAGACCUGCCUCGCCUACUCCAGUGGUGUGACGCCUGCCAUCAUCUUGUCCGAACUCUUCCAGGUGUCCGGUGUUUUAACUUUUACGCUACAUCCUCUACUUUCUGAAAACUUUGCACACAGGAGCAUAUCUAAACUCAUUUUUUCUUGAGCGAGUGUAUUCCUUGAAUAUCUAUGGGGAUACUACACCGUAGGGGAAGACGAUUUUCGGCAAGCCGAAUAUAUUGUUCAAAAUUUGAGCUUCUUAAUUGAUUCUUGUAUGCUGCUGCAAUCGUUGAACAGAGCGUCUAUUUACUUACAGUAGUGGUCAUCGUAUUGCAGUCUUGGAGUGAGCACAACAGGUAUCUUACCUCUAAAAGGAGGUUAGAACACAUGAUUCCCAUGGAGAAGCGACGGAGAAGGACGAGACUGUCAAACACUGUUACAAUUGAUUCAAUAUAUGAAAAGAAUUUCCUGUCCACGAGCAGUAUUCUGGAAGCAGUUGUCCUCAAGGCUUAUGUUCUUCCAGGUAUUUCUGCCUUUCCUCCUGGUUCUGCCUAACUAAAAGUAUUGUUUGCCUGUCACUGGGAAAAAUCAGUUUUAGAUUGGGAUAAGAAUGCAAGAUAUGGCUUUGGGCGUUGGAUUUCAACGAAUUUAGCCAUCAUAACGGUUUUGAUCUUUAAUUAUCCUUUACACUGUCGUAUCCCUGGCCUUACUCUGAAAACUAAGUUGAAGAAAGGUUUUAUUUCUCCCCUCUUGUUAAAUGUCUACUUGCUGAAGAGAAUGAAGAUUUUUAUUACCUUACGAUUUGAGAAGUGAGGCUCGGUUAACGUAGGGUGGGCCCCUGCAAGUCGGAGAGGGAAAGAACAUGCUUACGGAGAAUAGAAAGGAAACAGUGUAGAGACCCUUUGGUAACGAAAAUGGCCUCCCUCCAAGUUGUGGGGUAGGAGUAGGGAGAAACUGAAGUCUGCUUGUAUAUAAUCGGUGAUAGUCAUUCUUAACGCCUUGAUCAUUUUUUCUUACAGGGACUGACAUCUAUAUGUUGAAUUUGGGAGACUUUUGGAGUUCUUGUACAAUCGAUUUAUAUCUCCAUCGCAGGUAUAGCAUUGAAAAAUGAAAUAUUUUUAUGCAAAACUCGGGCUGAAGAAUCAUAAAAUGUUCUGUCUUAUCAUCUUAUGUUUUAGAUUCCCAAUUACAUGCAACUCAAACCAUCCUUUUCUUAAAAUAAAGCAACUAAAUUUAGCUGUAAUAUUUGGAAUUUGUUAUGAUAUUUAAUUAGAUCUAAUGUUCCCAGUUCCCUUCAAUUGAUACUCUUCAGUUUUUUCAAACUCAAGUGAUCACAACCUUAAUCAAAUAUUAUUUACAAUACCAGAUACUACAACCUGGUGCAUCCUGAUCAUGGAAUUUUGAGGGAAGGCCGAGAGAUUUUUCUCACUGGAUGUUGCCUCCGGACUGGUAUGACAGGAUCUGGUCAACCACGGCUUCUGCCAACUGAGUAUCUGUUGAUAUUGCUAGAUGAGGUACACAAUGACUUUAAAAGGCAUUAUUUUGAUCGAUUCAUGUAAAAACCAUUCAACAAGAUGGUUAUGCUAAUUGAGCUUCUUUUAUUAUCUCUCAUCAAUCUAUAUUCUGUGCUUAAACAUUAUAUUUAUUGUUUCUUUUGCUUAAUUCGAUAAAAUUAUGAUUCAUCUACUAAUCCUUAAUGGCAGAAAAAUCAUAUGACUGUGAGUAGCGACUUUAGGUUUUACUUUCAGUGUUCAUGCUCUAAUUUUAUUAGUCUAUUAAUUUUCUUAUUCCUUCUAGGACCAAGACGAAGAUGCAAUGCUACUUGGUGCUCAAUUUUGUUCAGAUUCCUUUUCUUCAAUUUCCCUUGACACAUCUAAAGAGGACCCUUCCUACUCAUUCUAUACAAGGCAAGAAAAAACCAAUCUUUUUCAUUUUUUUUUCAAUUUAUUUUGUCUGUGAAACUGCCUAGUUCUUGGCUUCACUUUUAUAUUUACCUUUUCCUCUGUACUAAUAUUUAUUCUUCAUAAGGCAUCUUGGAAGAACGUUGCAAUGAGUGCGUUCCAUUGUGCUAUGACUUAGUGUUUGGAAGACCUACACAUAUAGGAGAAAUUUAGUGUCAUGAGACAUUUAAAUGUAGAUCCUUUUCUAUGAUUCCCAUUUUCCCCUUCGCAUUAAUAUCAUUUAUGUUCAUUAAUUUUUGGUUCGAAGCUUGAUUUUCCAGAUCGUCUCAAAGCCUGAUUUGUGGGAUGAAAAUUGGAACGUUCCUCGUACUCAAUCAUUUAAAAUUUAUUAACCCAUGAUAUCAUUCAGGUCUUGAGAUGAUUUGGAGGGUCUUGAAAUAGAAAACUAAAGGGUGACUCUUCUAUGAGAUAUACUCUAAACAUAAUAUAUUGAAGGUAGCAUUGUGCAUUGUUCUUCCAUCAUAAUUCAAAUACUCCUCCCGAAGUUCUCUUGGAUCAAACUUCAGACAUUUGGUGAAAGUGAAAAAUGGAUUCUUCUAUUUAAAGGACAUCAAUGUUCUGUUCUGGACUACAAGAGGAUGCAAAAUAUCUUUUAUUCACCGGUGAAAUGCAAGGUUACUCCCCAUUACUUCUUCACUGAUGCAUCCGUAGUCCCUGUAGACUGUUUGGUCUCCAGUCAUCCCAGCAUUUCUAAGGUCACACCGAGAGAGGGGUAAAAUCUGUUACCCCCAAAUCGUGAAUGAGGCCAAUAAUCUCUUAACAGGAAGAUCCUAACUCUGUUUUUCAGAUGUGAACAAUAUUCGCACACUCUUCUCAUAUUUCUUGGUUUCAUUUGCUGUUUUAUGAGAUGCCAUAUGCUGGCGUAUACAUGAAUGGAAAAUCUCAAUCUGAUGCGGUUUUGGAUGGUUAGGGAUGGUAAUUCCUACGACAUCUUUCCAAAGUAGAAGGUUCAAUGAUACUUCUGUUGCGGAUGUAUUGUGUUGAAGGAGACAUUCUUGGAAGUUAGAGCUUUCGAAACUGAAAUGAUGUUCAAUCUUUGUCCAGUCAUUGAAUUUAUUUGAGUGUGGCGUACGUGGUAGCUGCAGUUUUUAUCUUGACUUUAUAUACAGGUAAGAAAAAGUGUAACUAUGAAGCUAUACUGCGAGUACCAUAGGGGGAAAUGAAACAUAUAUUUUUUAUGUUAAGGUAGAAGAAUCUUUUUGUUCCCUUCUGUUAAUGUUAUCAUAGUAUUGGAUUUUAACUCAUCUCAGUUUUAUCAGAAUCAUAUAAUGAGUUUUUGUGGUGCUUUUAAAUAAUUUGUAGAGCAAUAUGAUAUAGAGUUGAAUUCAUCUCCUGGAUGGUGUGAUCAGGACACCUUUGAGUUUUUUAGUCCUCGUGUCACAUGGAUAAUAUAUUAGAAAACAUUGGCAUACCUAGCCCGAUCUCUGGACAACCUUGGCCUUCGUAUAUUGAAUGUCUCACUCACGUACUACACACUACACUAUAGUAUAUCUUUGUAUAGUAUAUAAAAUAUAACAUCAAUAAAUUAUGUGAUGGGCUUAAACUCUGACAACUUGAGAGGAAGAUCACUAGACUCUAUGAUACUUUCCAUUGGUCAUGAGGAUGAUUAUGCUCAUAGCCUUUUCCGUAAUAGCUAUGCAUAAAUGAUGCACCAUGUAAUCUCUUUGUAUGCUGAAGUUAUUUGGAGUUUAUACGUAAAGUUUAGUCAUUUAAGUAGAGAGACAUUUAGAGAAAAGGGUUUCAAGCCUGGACCCGCUAUCAAGAGGCCUGUAUUUUGUUUAUAUGAUAUAUGUACAACUCUGUUUAGCUUUCAAAAAUAGGCGAUGCCAGGGGAAGCUUCAAGCACUCAAGUAUGUUUUAGUAACCGUGAUAGCAUAUAUCUAGUAUGUGUUCUUUAAAAGCUCUGCAGAAUUAUUCUGUUCAUCUUUGAAAGCUCUGCAGAGUUUUCGAGAGUUUUCGAGAAGUGUGCUUCUUACCCGAAGUUUCCUUGCAGAAGGCGUUUUUCUUUGUUGGGAAUAUGCUCACAUUCUCUUGAUCUUUUUCUUCAUUAGGGUUAAGUCGAUUGGGCAGUUGGAGGUGCAUGGCAAGUUUGGUUAUGUUCAGAGAAGACAGAUUACGCUUGACUGUGAUGGCAUCAGCUUAAACUUAGUUCUGUGGGGCGAUCAAAUUCUUCUUGGCAAUCUUCUCAGGUCAAUUGCUUUAUUAUUUUGAAAAUCUGAUUGCUGCUGUUUCUGUAGGUUUACUGAUCGUUGUUUUGACCUCAGCGUUGGGAGUAUGCUUGCAUUGGAUAGGCCAUUUAUAGCAAGUACUUCUGACAGCAAGUUAGGAGCAAAUGAAGACAUUUGCCUAGAAUUUGGUAGUGCCACACAGUUAUAUCUGGUACCCUUCAUUCAACCGGAAGAACAGGUAACCUUGUCUGAUCUUUGAGACUAUUAGCAGCCUCCAUCUGAAGAGGCAGCCAAGUGAUUCAAUGCUGAAUAAUUAUAAAUAUUUUAUUUAGUAUGUUCUAUUUUCUGUGUUGCUUUCUGAAAAUGGAUCUUCAUAAUGGAUGUUCUCACUGUGAAUUCUGGAACAUUUGGACCUGGAGCACCAUAUGUAUUGCGCUUAAUCUUUCUUAUCUUAGUUUUAAUGGUCUGUGGCUUUUCGGGCAAAAAAUAAUAGAUUGGACUAUUUCUUUCCUUAUGGCAAUGAAUUUCUAUCCUACUCAGGUUCUUAUAGCCUGCACCCAAACGAGGUCUCAAAGAUCUAGGAUGGCAACUGUUACAGAUCAAAGUCAGGAUUUUAACAAUUCCCAAGUAACUUUGCCACUCGAUUCUCAGGGGUCUGUUGAUUUCAGGAAUUAUCCGUUCCGGGUGAGCAUAUCAUAUCCUGCUUUCUUUGAGCCCUUCACUCUUUAUCAUUCCUCUAUACCACGUUUCCCCACCUCUUCGCUGAUUCUUCUUAUCAUUAAUGACAAAACACUGUUUGCACUACUCUUUGAAGUUGGGCAUGCCUUAGACAACACUGAAAUUUUGAAUGUCAAGGUCUUUCAAUUUUACAUCACUAUGAGUUAUUAAAGUCAUCUACUUCACUCACUUUGCUGGCUAUAAUUUUGCAGUUUAAUAAAUGGCUAGAAGCUGUCAUUUACUUAAUCCAUACUCUUGCAUACACAGUCCUUUCAUGCGCAUUUUUUUGUGACUUCGUUAAUUAUCAUUGAACUUAUAAUAGAAAUUUAAUAACAUGAAUUUGUCGCCAGUUUUCCCCAACAGAGCUAGAUGUGUGAGUACUAUGCUUGUCCAGUACAAAGUAUGCAGACUACUAGCCUAUUUCUCUUUCCGCUAGACAUGCCUUGCCUAUGAAUAAAUUUUUUCCUGCAUUUGAACUCCAGAUUGACCUUGUCUAUUUUCCUGAUUCUUUAUUUGUUGAUUAUUUAUUUUCAUUUUCUUCUCUUUUUUUUUGUUUUGUUGAUUGAAGUGAUUGGCUAACCUUGUAGUUUCUCAUUCCUCUGUUAUCUCUGCAGCUGUUUGUUAUCAACCUUUGUGGCAAGAUGACUGGAAUCAACCUUUAUGGACUUGUGAGAGACAUCCAUCGAGAUGUUGAGAGUGCAGAAGUCAUAUAUUCCAUGACACUUGAGGACGUAACAGGGGCAGUUGUUGUGAAGCUGCACUUAUCUACAUGUUGGUAAUGGAAAAUUGUUAUCUACCAUUAAUUCUUUCUAUUUCUUCUAUCCAAGUUUCUAUUUCAUUGUUUUCAGAUUUUUUCAAAAUUGCAAUUUAUAAUCAAUCGCCAUAAAUUCCAUGUUUCUGAUCUACCUCCUCUCAGCCUUUAUUUUCAUCUAUUUUCAUGUUUACUUUUGUAUCCUACGCACGGUUUUUCUUAUCCUUUCCGGUGUCGUGUUUCUCCCUUGAUUUUCUUACGCCUUGCGAAUUCUAUCCAGUGGUUUGGCUGCUUAUUCAUUUUUACAUCUAUUAAUUGAUAAAUUUUCCUUUUUCAUCAGGUCACUAGGGAGAUUGAAUGUGGGUCAUACUAUUUAUAUUACUGGCUUGACAUGCUGUAUGACUUCAGGAAAUCUGUAAGCAGCUUGUAUGUCCUUACCGGAUUUCAUUAUCCCCCAAGUUGCUGAUAGUUGUUCAUUCUGAAUAUCUUCCUCAAUCUCCUGGCUACCUGGCUAAGUCGCAGUGCUUUGCAGGCCUAAAGUUUCAUGGCAUGAAAAAGAUUUGGGGGCAUCUUUGAUUGAUUUGAGUGGCUUACCAGCACUACUGAAUUCAUCGUGUCUCCACAAGCUAUCUCUUCUUUCCAGCCUCUCCAACAGGAUGAAUGCCACGCACGUAUGGAUUUGAUAAAAUAUCUGUAACAGUUUCUUCUCAACAUAACACCAAAAAGAUAUCUCGAAUGCAUGUUUUAGAAUCCUGUGUUCACUGACGAUCAGAUUGUGAUGUUCUCGUAUUUUUAUCUUGUGUUUAUGUUUUUCAACCAGAUAUGCAAUAUUCACCUGGUCGAAGUUGAUCAUCGUCGGUUGUAUUCAAGAAAUCUUCAUGCUGUUUGCGGCCAUUUUGUGAAUGAGAGGCCUGAUGGAUCACUUGAAUGCAGCCUUUGUCGCUGUAGCUGUGAUGAUGAGCUUGUUCGUGGCUUUCAUCUGCGAGUUCAUCUUCAAGAUGAAAGUGCAACUGUUUCUGCAUGGUGCGCUGGGCAGACUGCCACAGAAUUACUGCAGAUAUCUCCUGAUGAUUUUUUUGAACUGCCUGAGGUAACCCAUGCUAAACUAAUAGAAUUCAUUUUACCAUUUUUGAAAAUUAAAAACGUUGUCACCUUUAUACUGUUGCGAUCUACAUUGAUGACUAAAUGAGCUGGGGUCCCUAGUAUUUAUCAUUGUAUUUAUUCCUUAUAUCUUUCUUCACAUUACUUUCAUUAUGUAUUCAUGUCUGGGCAAGAUUUUCAAAUGUUUCUAUGCAGUAUUUCUAAAUGCCUUUCUUAUUUGAAACGGUAAUUUUUUACAAAAGGAAAUUUUAACAGAGCUUAGUUCGACAUCUGUGGAAGGAAUAUUGAAGGAACCUAACUUAAAUGAAAUAUAAAUCAUUUUCGUAUUUUCUAAUUAAUUGCCUGAACAUUCCUUAUGGGCCCUUCGCUUUGUUGCGCCUACUCUGCUUGGUUUUUUUUCUUCCCUAAACGUUUUUGUCUCGCAAGCAAAGUUCAUGCCUGUAGUUCUCCUUUGUAUCAUCUUAUUUUCUCCUUUGUCAGAAUUAAUUAGUUACUCAUUUACAUUUUCCUGAAAAUAAGACCUUGUCCUUAUUAAUCAUAUGUGUUUUUAAUGCAACUUAUUUAUAUGAAGAAUGUUGAAUAAUUCCUGUGCAACCUAUGCUUAAGGCCACCGAUUUCUAUUUUUCACCUUCCUCAAAUAUGAUUUAUGUCUUAUGAUGUUUGGAAUGUCAAAAUAAUUUUCAGGUUGAACAAGCCAUGUAUCUCUAUACCCUUGAGAAUGAGGGGUUCCUAGUUGCUCUUGCAAAUACCAAGGUCUGUUGCGAGGGAUCAUCUAUGACAGUAGAUGAUGAAUCUGAAACAAUUUGGGAGAUUGUACGUGCCCAGAAAUGUGACUGA